GGCGGCGCCAAGGAGGAGGAGGUAACAAAGCAGCAAGCAUCUGGUGAAGUCGGCGGCCGUGUCUAAGGGGAGCAGCGACGUGCGGAGCAACGAGGAGAGUGUGAGGCCGGCGGGGAGGAUAAAGCAUCGGAGAGGAAGAGGAUUAUGCAUGGGAUUUAUAUGUCAGUGUGUGUAGAGGGGGAGUUGAUGGAUUUGUUAGGAUUUGGAGAGUGAGAAAUGAAGAGUCUUCCACUCAGUAUGAAGAGAAAUUUGUUUGGAGAGUCAAAUUGAGAAUCAAACAGAGAGCCAAAAAUAAUUACACACUUUUGGAGAUGGUCUGAAACGGCACUUUUGAAAUGGCGCUUUAAUUCUCACUGUAAACGAUGAAUUCCUCGUUAAGCAAGCCGGGACUGAAGCCUCUGGAUCGCUCGCCUUUAUAAACUAGUGCGCCACCAAGAAGAGCCUUUAAUACAUAAUUGACACAGCGAAGAGCUCUCCAUCUCCUUCCUUGGCAGCAGGUAGUACAACACGGUGGUGGAAGAUGGCCUCGCCGGUUCGCCGCCCAGGGUCCGGCGAGGGAAUGGAUGCGCCGCCACCAACCGGGACAGGCGACGACUCGCCGGAGCCGACCAGGGACUGGUCGGAGCUGCCGCUGGACGCCCUCGCAUCGGUCUUCGUCAAGCUCGGCGCCAUCGAGAUCCUGAUGGGCGCUGGCCUCGUGUGCCGCUCCUGGCUCCACGCGGCCAAGCUGCCCGACUUGUGGCGAUCCGUGGACAUGGCGCGCCACAAGGUGGUGGACAACAUCGUCGACAUAUUCGGCGCCUCUCCUGUGGAUCCAAAGAUCAACCGUGUCGUCCUGCGCGCCAUGGCAAGGUUCGCCGUGGACCGCUCCCGUGGGCAGCUGGAGGUGUUCGUCGCCAAGCGGUUCGUUACCGAUCAACUCCUGGAGUACAUCGGCGACAGGUCGCCGGCUCUGAAGGCCGUCGGGCUCGUCUCGUGCGCCGGCGUCUCCAACGAAGGGUUCACGCAGCUGGUGGCGAGGUGCCCUCUGCUAGAGGACCUCAUGCUUGUGCUCUGCCCCAGGAUCGGCGGCCGCGACGUCUACGAGGCCACCGGCCGGGCAUGUCCGCAGCUCAGGCGCUUCAGGCUGCGCACGAGGGAGUUCUGCUUCGCCGCCGAUAGGUACUCCGACGGGGAAGCGCUCGGGGUUGCCGCGAUGCACGGGCUGCGGACCCUCGCGCUCUACGGGAGCGACGUCACCAACGACGAGCUCGCCGCCGUCCUCGACGGCUGCCCUCACCUGGAGAGUCUCGACCUGAGUGAGUACUUCAACAUCGUCGCCGACGACGCGCUGCGGGCGAGGUGCGCUGGGAUCAAGUCGCUGGUGCUUCCCCUUCGUCGCGAGGUUGAUGAUGAGUACGAGUACGAAACUCUCUGCUCCCGUGAUGUCGACUUCGGCGGCGACUCCGAUUGAGAGAUGUGAUCACUAUACUGCUGCUGCUGUUGCUGUGGUAUAGCGUCCGUGUGGUAUCUCAAAAUGUUUACCAAGUGUUCGCCCUGCUGCUCCUCUGCUCCUGCUCGCCCGCCCGGCUGCGCUGUGUUUUCUAUGUCCGAAUCUUCGUGGAUGCUUUGGUUGGAGGACAGGUGGUGCUUUCCGUUUCGCUUUAGUUUUUGGUCAUCUUUUGGUCUUGUGUGGCCUGCAUUUUUGCAUUUUGCGAAAGAGCAAAGAAGGAAAAGGAGAAGAUGGACGACUCUUUGUCUGAUUCUUCCGUCGGCGCUUGUUUCCGCUGAGCAACUGUGCGGCCGUACUCUCUCUGUUUUUAUUUACAUAUCAUAUUAGAUAUGUUCUAAAUCAAAGUUAGCCAACUC